CGUGAUUUUUUAAUCUCCAGUGGACCGAUUGUUAUUGUUCCAUUCGUAUUUGAUUUGGCUUUGUCGCGCAGUGCCGCUCGCGAUCGAUGCAUUGCUUUUGAUUCUUCCUCGCAGAGCUAUUCAAUUUGGAUCGCAUCUCAAGUUAUCAAGACUUUGUUUCCGUGAGAGCCAAGCCAAGUGUGUUUGACUUAAAACUCUUCCAAUCAGGGCUGAUUCUCCUCACUUUUAGGAGAGCAUGGAAGGUAUUGAAGUUAGCGGCAACUCCAGGAAAGAAGUAGCAUCCGAGAAGACCGCUUUUGACAAGAAAUUGGAGAGGCUCGACAGGACGAUGGAGGACAACUCCAUCUCCUCCGAGAAGAAAAUGGAGGAGGAGAAGCAGGCCAGCAUCCCCUUGCACAAGAUCUUCGCGUUUGCCGAUGGUGUCGACUGUGCUUUCAUGUUUGGGGGAACUAUCGGAGCUGUGGCUCACGGACUUGCCCUGCCAAUCUUCCUCCUCCUCUUCGGGAAGCUGCUCAACAGUUUUGGAAGUCUGGCCAGCGAUCCACAAGAAAUGUAUCGCCAAGUAUCAAAGUACUCUUUGUACUUCGUGUAUCUGGGAAUCGCUAUCUUGUUUGCCUCCUGGGCUGAGGUAGCGCUUUGGAUGCAAGCUGGUGAGCGUCAAGUCUCCAGAAUGAGGAUCGUCUACCUGGAAGCCAUGCUCAAGCAAGACAUCUCUUACUUCGAUCUCGAGGCUCGAACAGGUGAUAUCGUUGACAAUCUUUCGGGCAACAUGUUAACAAUUCAAGAGGCAAUUGGUGAGAAGAUGGGAGGAUUCCUACACUUUGUCAGUACAUUUAUUGGAGGAUUCGUUGUCGGUUUUGCUACCGUUUGGCAGCUCGGCCUUGUAACUUUGGCCAUUCUUCCCGUGAUUGCUGUAGUAGGGGGAUUCUAUACCAAAGCUAUCACAGGGAUUGCGUCAAAAGGCCAGGCUGAUACUGAGCCAGGAAACAUUGUAGAAGAGAUGACCGCUCAAAUACGUACAGUUUACUCCUUUGUCGGUGAAACGAAGGCCCUCGCUGCUUAUACAAAUGCUCUCAAGAAAUCAUUGAAGCUGGGAUACAAAGGUGGAGCUGCCAAAGGCUUUGGAGUUGGAGGACUGUAUGGAACCAUGUUCUGUGCAUGGGCCUUGCUCCUGUGGUACGGUGGAGUCCUCGUCAGGAAGGGAGAUGCCACCGGAGGCUCGGUUUUGUCGACGAUUUUCGCCGUUCUUAUCGGUGGUAUUUCCUUGGGACAGGCCUCUCCGAGUAUUGGUGCUCUCGCUAAAGCGAGAGCAGCGACGCAGACAAUCUUAAAGGCGAUCAAUCACAAGCCAACUAUCAACACCAGCUCGAAAGGCGAAACACUAUCCAUAGUUGAAGGACAUGUCGACCUCCAGGACGUGCACUUUAGCUAUCCUUCACGACCGGAUAUAAAAGUCUUUGAAGGCUUUUCUUUAUCGAUCCCGGCAGCAAAAUGUGUUGCGAUCGUUGGCGGUAGUGGCUCAGGGAAAAGCACGGUUGUGUCGCUUAUAGAGCGCUUUUAUGAUCCAACCUCUGGGAGAAUUCUUGUUGAUGGUCACGACAUCAGAACUUUGGAUCUUAAAUGGCUAAGAUCUCAAAUCGGGCUUGUGAAUCAGGAGCCUGCUUUGUUUGCCACGACUAUACGAAACAAUAUCCUUUACGGUAAACCAUCAGCAACCAGGGAAGAGAUCGAGGACGCCGCAAAAGCAGCAAACGCUCACAGCUUUAUCUCACAACUUCCACACGGAUAUGAGACUCAGGCUGGAGAGAGAGGUGUCCAGCUCUCGGGCGGUCAGAAACAACGUAUAGCAAUCGCGAGAGCCAUCUUGAAGAAUCCCUCCAUUCUUCUCUUCGACGAAGCAACCAGUGCUUUGGACGCAGAGUCCGAGCAUGUUGUCCAGGAUGCUCUGGACAAGCUCAUGCACGGACACACGACCGUGAUCAUCGCGCAUCGUCUCUCCACGAUUCAAAACGCCGACACCAUCGCCGUCGUCCAAGAAGGAAAGAUUGUGGAGCUUGGGACUCAUGACGAGCUGUCCUCUAGAGGUGACGGGGGAGCAUACGCGACGUUAGUACACCUCCAAAACAUGGCCAGAGAAGUUGCUCGAGACGAAAGGCAAUCUCUCAAGUCUCAAGCUGGAUCGACCUCGAUGAGAAGAAGCAGUGCAGAGCAUAGCGGCCUGAUAAGUUUUUCAAGAGUCAGGAGCUUCAUAAGCCGGCAGUCAAGCACAAAGUCAGACGGACUGGUCGAAGGUGUUGAGCUUGAAGCGCAGGAGAAAAAAGGCUCCUACUUCUUUAGACUCCUGAAGCUCAACGCAGCAGAAUGGCCAUUUCUUCUUCUCGGAAGCGCAGCUGCGGUUGUGGCGGGGCUCGUAAAUCCAGUGUUUGCGAUGAUCAUCAGCAGCGUCUUAAGCAUCUAUUACAAUCCGGACAAGAGCUACAUGAAGUCCGAAGUGCAAAAAUACUCCAUCAUCUUCGUCUGCAUAGGCGUCAGUGUGGGGAUGAUACACUCCCUCUUGCACUACUCGUUUGGAGUAACUGGAGAGAGCCUUACAAAGCGUAUCCGAGAACUCAUGUUCACAGCCGUCACAAGAUUUGAGGUGAGCUGGUUCGAUCGUGACGAGAACGGCAGCAGUCAGAUUGCCUCCAAGCUAUCGACCAAUGCGGGUUUUGUUAGAGCCACCAUGGGAGAUAGAGUUGCUAUUAUCCUCCAAAACUCGUCACUCUUGGUAUCAGCUUUCCUUAUAGCGUUCAUUGUGGAAUGGAGGAUAGCACUUGUCGUCACCGCUUCGCUGCCUCUACUCGUCGCCUCGGGCAUCUCGGAGCAAAUGUUCCUCAAAGGCUUUGCCGGGAACAUUGAAAAGGCUCACGAGCGAGCUACCAAGCUAACCGGCGAGGCCGUGAGCAACAUACGAACGGUGGCAGCAUUCAACGCCGAGGCCAAGAUGGUCGAGCUAGUUACUGACGAACUCGAAGUCCCGAAGAGGAGUAGCUUCGUUCGAGGACAGAUAGCGGGAAUUGGCUAUGGUGUCGGCUCCUUCUUCCUGUUCGCCUCGUUCGGUCUCGGGCUCUGGUACGCCGGUUUGGUCGUCCGAGAUGGCAAAGCAAGCUUUGGCAACGCCAUCAAAGCCUUCCUCGUGCUGGUUAUCACCUCCAACGGUAUAGGGGAGUCACUCGGCUUAAGUCCAGACAUUGUGAAAGGUGGCCAGGCUCUCAAGUCGGUGUUUGCGAUUCUGGACAGAAAAACAGAGAUUAACCCGGACGAUCCCAGUGCCGAGACUGUCAAGAACAUGAAGGGAGAGAUCGAGCUUAGAAGCGUGGACUUUUACUAUCCAACAAGGCCGGAAGUUACCAUCUUCAAGAACUUAAACUUGAAGGUUCACAUCGGCCAGAGCCUGGCGAUAGUUGGAGCUAGCGGGUCCGGGAAGAGCUCGGUCAUCUCACUAGUCGAGAGGUUCUACGAUCCAGUGGCAGGGAAAGUUUUGGUGGAUGGCAAGGACAUCAGGCUCCUCAACUUACGAUCAUACAGGCGCUUCGUCGGCCUCGUCCAGCAAGAACCGGCUCUCUUUGCGACGUCGAUCCAGGAAAACAUCCGCUACGGCAAGGAAGACGCGACGGAGAGCGAGAUCAUCGAGGCAGCAACAGCAGCAAACGCUCACAACUUCAUCAGCGCGCUGCCGGAUGGCUACAAAACCAGCGUCGGCGAGCGAGGAGCGCAGCUCUCGGGUGGACAGAAGCAAAGGGUGGCGAUCGCUCGAGCAGUGCUCAAGAACCCGACGAUCCUCCUGCUGGACGAGGCCACCAGCGCGCUGGAUGCCGAGUCGGAGCACAUCGUCCAGGAGGCGCUGGACAGGUUGAUGAGAGGCCGGACGACAAUCGUGGUUGCUCAUCGCUUGUCCACGAUACGAAACGCGGACAAGAUCGCGGUGAUCCAGGAUGGAACCAUCGUGGAGCAGGGAAGUCACUGGGAGCUUGUCGCGAAAGCCGAUGGUGCUUACUCGCAUCUUAUAAAAUUGCAGCAGCAGCACAGUCCUCCGAGCUAGCUGAUGAAGAACACACACAAAAAAAAAAAAACCAUUUUUUUGUCAACUUCUCGGACAAAGUUCUUGGUUUUUC